AUGAACCAGCUUCGUCUGGAGGCCGACGAGGCCGCUGGCAAGGUCGAGGAGCUUCAGACCAAGGUCAAGGUCCUCGAGCAGGAGAACCUGUCCAAGGAGCAAGAGAUCACCUCCCUGCAGCACAAGAACAACCUCCUCGAGGGUGAGGUCGAGAAGCUCGAGAACACCGUCAAGGACUUCAAGAAGGCCGCCGACGAGGGACAGCAGCACGGAACUCAGAACGAGACCCUUCAGCGAAGGCUGCAGCUCCUCGAGGAGGAGGCUGAGGAUGCCGACAAGACUCUUCGUGAGGCCAACGAGAAGCUCCGACAGACCGAUGUCAAGGCUGGACACUUCGAGCGCAAGGUGCAAGCUCUUGAGAGCGAGCGUGACCAGUGGGAGACUAAGUACGAGGAGAUGUCGCAGAAGUACACUUCUCUUCAGAAGGAGUUGGAGGAGCUCCAGGCCGAGAUUGGCAACAUCUAA